GGCAUAUAAACCAGAGGGGAGAACGGAAGUGUGAUCAGAAGUUCAGAACAAUCCCUAAAAUUACUCUCCAUCCAGAUCUGCCGGAGAAACCGGAUUCCGAGGCAUUUCCGGCGAGGCCUUUCCAAACAACAUGCACAAUCAGGAAGCUGCCUGGAGAAAUUCCGAGCGAGUCGACUCGGAAUUUGAGGGUACAAAGCAAGAGAAGAAGAAAUUCGAGAGGCGAUUGGUGAAGUACCAUGACCUGCCGGAAUAUCUACAGGACAACGAGUUCAUUUUGGACUACUACAGAUGCGAAUGGCCGCUCAAGGACGUGCUCUUGAGUGUUUUCUCUUGGCACAACGAAACCCUCAACAUCUGGACACAUCUAGGAGGAUUCUUGAUAUUCGUCGGAUUGACAGUGAUGAGCUCCACGGUGGAUCUCGGAGGCUUGAUGACGAAUUUUUCCAGAGCUCGGGUUUCCGGCCAGUUAACGACGCUGAUGAUCAAGAAUUUGAGCGUCUCCGAUCAUCACAUAUUUCCUGAUUCACAGUUAAGGUACAUUUCUCAACAAUCAAAUUUAAGCAUACAAGAAGAAAGUGGGUCUGAGGUCAUUGCAAAAUGGCCCUGGUUUGUUUUCUUGGCUGGUGCCAUGGGUUGCUUGGUCUGCAGUUCCCUCUCACACCUCCUAGCUUGCCACUCCAAACCCUUUAACCUCUUCUUCUGGCGCCUGGACUAUGCUGGCAUCUCCCUUAUGAUAGUCUGCUCCUUCUUCGCACCCAUCUAUUACAUCUUCUUCUGCUAUCCUUAUUCACAGCUGUUUUACCUCACAUCCAUAACUGUGGCCGGUAUUCUUGCCAUCAUCACCUUGCUCGCCCCAGCUCUUUCUUCCCCUCGUUUUCGAUCCUUUCGAGCUGCGCUGUUUCUCACCAUGGGUUUCUCUGGUGCGGUUCCAGCAGCACAUGCUGUUAUCAUCCACUGGGGUGAUCCACAUGUAUUUGUAUCCCUUGGCUUCGAGAUUGUGAUGGGCUUUCUCUAUGCUGCGGGGGCUGCAUUUUACACUAGUAGGAUUCCGGAGCGAUGGAAGCCUGGUGCAUUUGAUAUUAUAGGGCAUAGCCAUCAGAUUUUUCAUGUAUUUGUUGUUCUAGCGGCAAUUGCUCACUGUGUUGCCACACUAGUAGUUAUGGAUUUUCGCUGGGGAUCACCAACCUGUAUGUAGGCAUUCUAUACAUUGCAGAUGAUUAGAGUAACUGGCCAGGAACCUCUGUCAAAUUGUUUUCUCCCGUCUGGCUAAAAUUGUAUAACAAGAAGUUCAACCUCUAUCACUACCAGGAAAUUGUCUACAGAUUUGUUCAAAAGGGAGAGGAACUAGCUGUAUUAAUUAAUGAAAUUCAAUAUUACUGUGUCACCAGUUAUGCUAUAUUUUUCCUAGUCCUAGACUGCAAAAAAAAAAAUUUUGUUGG